AUGCUCUGUUGUGUGGCUGUUCUUCUCCUCUGCGUCGGCGUGUGCGUGGCUCGCAACAGCGACUUCUCCAUCGUUGGCUACUCGGAGGAGGACCUGUCGUCGCACGACAGGCUCAUCGAGCUGUUCGAGAAGUGGUUGGCCAAGCACGAGAAGGCGUACGCGAGCUUCGAGGAGAAGCUGCACCGGUUCGAGGUGUUCAAGGACAACCUGAAGCUCAUCGACGAGAUCAACCGGGAGGUGACCAGCUACUGGCUGGGCCUCAAUGAGUUCACCGACCUCACCCACGAUGAGUUCAAGGCCGCCUACCUCGGCCUCAGCCCCGCCACUUCUCGCCGGAGCAACAGCCGGAGCUUCAGGUACGAGAACGUGGCUGCCCAUGACUUGCCGAAAGCAGUGGACUGGAGGAAGAAGGGGGCGGUGACGGACGUGAAGAACCAGGGGCAGUGCGGCAGCUGCUGGGCCUUCUCGACGGUGGCGGCGGUGGAGGGGAUCAACGCCAUCGUGACGGGCAACCUGACGGCGCUGUCGGAGCAGGAGCUCAUCGACUGCAGUGUCGACGGCAACAGCGGCUGCAACGGCGGGAUGAUGGACUACGCCUUCUCCUACAUCGCCUCCAGCGGCGGGCUCCACACCGAGGAGGCCUACCCGUACCUCAUGGAGGAAGGCAGCUGCGGCGACGUGUAACGCCCCGGUGGAUCUCGAUCUAGAAAGGGGAUGAGGAAGGAGAGAACAGAGUAGGUGAGAGGCGUGGAGAAGGGGAGAAGGACUCGAUCAAAAUCUCGCUGCCUGUUUCCCGUGAUGCUUCGUACAUAAGUAGCUGCCCUUCCUGGGCUACCCUUACAUCGCCUCCGGCCCACACGCACGCACGGGCCCAAGGCCCACACACGCACACAUACGUUGCAGUUCAGUUAUGUGAAUAACUGACUGCACUCGAUCAGUCCGCUACUGAUGCAUCAGUAGGCGUGACAUUCUCCUCCCCUUGAGAUGAAGCUCCUUCCCAGAUGUAGGCUGAUGGGUAGCGCUCGCGAAGAACGGCGUAAUCUUCCCAAGUGGUGGCUGAUGGUGUCAUGUUUGCCCACUGGACACGGAGUUGCACAACUGGUGCAUCGCCCUUCUUCAUCAUCCUCCGCCCACGAUCGCCACUGGCUCUGUUUCACCCCCAGAGAGAUCAGGCACCCGCGGCAGCUCGGCGAAGACUGGGCGUGUAAUCUGGGGUGAAGGGUUUGAGCUGGGAGACUUGAAAUAUCGGAUGGAUACGGCUGUCUGGAGGCAACUGCAGGCGGUAUGCCAGGGUUCCAAUCCGCUCUGUUACUUCAAACGGCCCGAAGAACUUGUAGGAGAGCUUGCGGCACGGGCGGUUCGCGACGGUCGACUGCGCGUACGCCUGCAGUUUCAGGAGCACUUUCUCGCCGACGUCGAAGGCGCGCUCCGCGCGAUGACGGUCGGCUUGCUUCUCGAAGCGAGUUUGGGCGCGCGCGAGCUGGGCGCGCAACAUCUUUGUGUGUGCUGUCCAGUCCAGCUCCGGCGACGCCGCUUGAUCUUGUAGGGCGGAGCUCAGGUUUGGUAGGCCGCAAAGGUUCGGUUCCUUGCCGUACAGGGCCUUGAACGGCGAACAAUUGAGCGAGGAGUGAUGAGCGGAGUUGUACCAGAAUUCUGCUGCAGGAAGCCACUUGCGCCAUUGCCGUGGCGUGUCGUGCACCGCGCACCGCAAGUACAUCUCGAGGCAUUGGUUGACGCGUUCCGUCUGGCCGUCCGUCUGCGGGUGGUACGCCGUGGAGUAGAGCAGCUUGGUUCCCACGGCGGCGAGCAGUUCGCGCCACAUGGCGCUCGUGAAAAUCUUGUCGCGAUCCGAGACGAUGGAGUGAGGGACGCCGUGCAGCUUGAUGACGUGCUCCCAGAAUGAUCGGGCGACUUGCGCAGCGGUGACGGGGUGGUGUAGUGAGAUGAAGUGCGCGUACUUGGUUAGACGAUCGACGACGACCAUGAUGGCAUCAGACCCCUCUGAUUUGGGCAGCCCCUCGACAAAGUCCAUGGUCAGAUCAUGCCAAGGUUCCGUUGGAAUUGGUAGGGGUUGCAGCUUGCCUGCGGGGUGCGUGUGCUCGUGCUUGGCAUGCUGGCAGACGGCACACUGACGGACAAAAUCCUCCACGGCACGCUUCAGUCCAGGCCAUGCGAACAGUUUCCGGACGCGAUGGUACGUCGCCGUUGCGCCGGAGUGGCCCCCAAUAGCGCUGUGAUGCAGCGCGGCGAUCAGCUUGGUCUGUAGUGCAGAAUUGGCUCCAAUCCACAGACGCCCGCGCUGCCUGAUCAUGCCAUUCUGAAGCGUGCGCCCUUGAUCAUCCGUGGUGGUGACUGCCAGCUUGGCCAGUAGUUCUUGUGAUUCGGGGUCCGUCUCGUAGGAGUUCGCGACUUCUUGUAACCACUGUGGCUGACAAACUGAUAGUGCAUCCAGUGUCAAUAGAUGGCCCACUCUGGAUAGCGCGUCAGCGGCACCAUUGUCAACACCUUUCUUGUACCGAAAGGUGAAUUGCAGCCCCACCAUCUUGGACAUGGCCUUGCGCUGCAGCUCAGUCACCAGCUGUUGAUCCCCGAGCGUGUAGAGGCUCUUGUGGUCGGUGAGGAUUUCGAACGGAGCCCGCUGCAGGUAAGGUCUCCACUUGUCGAUGGCCAUCAUAACAGCCAAGAACUCCUUUUCAUACGUGGGCAACUUCUGGUUCUUGAUCCCCAAAGCCUUGCUGAGAUAGGCGACGGGGUGGCCGUCCUGGGUGAGCACCGCGCCCACUCCCGUGUCGCACGCGUCAGUCUCAAUGGCAAAAGGGCGAGAGAAAUCCGGAAGCGCUAGCACUGGUGUGCUCACCAUCGCUUGUUUCAGCAUGUCGAACGCCUGCUGGGCCUUGUCACUCCACUCGAAUCCUUUCUUGGUCAGGAGCUGGGUGAGCGGCUUCGCGAUGAUGCCAUAAUGUUGGACGAACUUGCGGUAGUAGCCGGUGAGGCCUAGAAAACCACACAAUUCAGUUGGUGUAGAGGGCACCGGCCAUGCCUGCAUCGCGCUUGUCUUGCUUGUGUCCGUGGCGACGCCGGACUGUGAAAUGACGUGGCCAAGGUACUCGAUGCUUUCCUGGGCGAAAGAACACUUGGAAGCCUUGGCGAACAGUUGAUGUUCGCGUAGCAGGUCCAGUGUGAGGCGCAAGUGUUGUUCAUGUCCCUGUAGAUCAAAGCUGAAGACCAGUAUGUCAUCAAGAAAAAUGAUGAUGAACUUACGGACAUAGCGGCCGAAUAUGCUGUUCAUCAGGCACUGGAAGGUUGCCGGCGCAUUGCAAAGGCCAAACGGCAUCAUCCUGAAGUGAUAGUGCCCGUGGUGGGUUUUAAAUGAAGUUUUCGCUUCAUCCUCCUCACGCAUGCGGAUCUGAUGGUACCCUGCUCGGAGGUCGAUCUUGGAGAAAUAUUUUGCUCCCGCAAGCUCAUCCAGAAGUUCAUCCACAAUGGGUAGUGGGAAUUUGUUCUUCACCGUAGGAGAAUUUAGUCGACGAAAGUCAACACAGAAACACCAGCUCCCAUCCUUUUUCUUCACAAGCAGGACCGGUGCUGCAUAUGGACUCAUGCUGUGUACAAUGACACCUGACUGCAACAUCUCUUGCACUUGCUGCUCGAUCUCAUCUUUCUGUGCUGGCGAGUAGCGGUAUGGCUUGGUGUUGAUGGGGGAGGUGCCUGGCUCCAGGUGUAUACCGUGAUCAUACUGACGAUGAGGAGGUAGGGCCUUAGGUUCAGCAAACACGUCCUGAUAUUCAGAGAGCACUUUCUGAAUCCUGGGAGGUACCGGCUCUGCAUUCACUUUAUCUGACAGCUCAAUCGUGACCAGUGCUGCUGUCCAUAUGUCAUUGGCGACUUCCAUGCGGUGAAGUUCGUAAGCAUCCAGUCCGGCUGUGAGGGAGAGGUUGGUGGUGCGAACCCCUUGUAGUUGCACCGUCUUGCCCUCUGUUUCGAAUGAAAUGCGCUUCAGUUUCCAGUGACAGUUCAUCGGGCUGUGGUCAGAGAGCCAAUCCAUGCCCAAAACUGCGUCAUACGCACUCAGCUGUAAUACCCGCAGAUCAGUGUGGAAUGUGUGUCCUGGCACUUGCCAUGCCAAUUGCUUCACCACCUUGUUACAGUGCAGGCGUUGGCCAUUUGCUACCCGAACAUAGACAGGCGGCAGUGCUUGGGUGUCGACCGCAAUGCGCUGAACGAACGCCUCGCUGACGAAGCUAUGAGAACUGCCCGAGUCCACCAGAAGUAGCAUCACUUGAUCCCCCACUUGUGCUCGAAGGCGAACGGUGGACGGCGCGUCUUCGCCGGAGAUCGCAUGCUGUGAUAAGGUACAACACUCCGGCUCGGGCAGGGCCGGCUCAUCAAGCAAUUGCAACGCGUGCACGGUGUCAUCCGAGAGGAUCUCGCCGAAAUCACCCACUUCAAUCAUCAGUAUUUGUCCCGUGCGCUUGCACUGAUGUUCGCGGGAGUAUUUGUCGCCACAGCGAAAACAAAGCCCGUUGGCUCGCCUGAAUUCGCACAGCUGUCGCUCGUGUGCAUACUCGUCGCCUCCCGGUCGUGCGGCAGGCGCUGCACGCGCCUGAUUGUGGUUGGGUGCUGCUGGAGGUGGCCUGCCCACUGGAACAAUGCGUGGUCGCUGCAGCCGUUGCUUCUCCAGUUCUUCUUCCUGGAUCCUUGCGAAAACAGCUACGCGUGUGAUGCUUGUUGGGGCCUGCAAACGGACGCCCAGUCGCAGUUCAUCUUUCAGACCGAGAAGGAACUGGGAGAUGAAGAAUUGUGUGCUCAAGGUUGGAUCCAGAGACAAUAGGUGAUACAUGGAGGUCUCAAAUUGCUGGCGAUACUCCUGUACACCCCCAGUCUGACGCAAUUGCACUAGCUGAUGCAUCUGAGCUUCAAAUUCUUCUGGUCCGAACUCUGCUUCCACUGUUGUUCUGAAGGCUGGCCAUGACAGAGCAGGGUGCGUCUGUCUGUACGCCUGAAGCCACAUGGCUGCGAGCCCAUCCAUGUACAGGCCGGCGGUGGCAACCCAACUGUGCUGCGGCA